AUGGAUCCCCACGAAAAGGGGAAAAUGGAAGUCGAGCUUAAAAUGUAUGCAGCUGCAUUUGGAGUCCUUUCAUUCGUUUAUGCGAUCUACAACGGAUUCGCUUUCUUGCUAACAAAGAAAUUCCAUGAGCAUCUCAAUGGAUUCACUCCGCUCCCACAAGAGGCUUCAGCUCCAGCUUAUAAUCCCGACUAUCCACCUCAUCAUAAACAAGAUCCAACAAAAGGAGGUGUAUAUCCAAAUCUACGC